CCUUACCUUAAUCAAUAUACAUCUCCAUCUCUCUCUGUUCUGUCUAGAUCUUGCUUAGAUGAGAGACAUUUUGCUUCUACUGUUCGUGUAAGAAUCACCACCUCGCCGUUCUAGAAAUGGCUUGUGCUCUUCGUAGCUUCUCAAGGAGAAAUCUUUCACCAAAAUGGUUCAGCAAGAUCUCCUCCACAAGCCCCCCCUCUUGUUCUUCACCAUAUCAAAGAUUAUACUGAACCCAGUUUAACGGAAUCAAGUCUUCUGGUUCCUAUGCUUCAUAGGCAAGUUUUCUUUAAAGAUAGAAAGAAAAUGUCUUUUGCUCAACCAGUAUGUUCUCCUGGAGUAUUGCUAUGUAGACACAUCUCUUCAUCCAGCAAACCAGAAGAAUGGAGCGUAGAUGCCUUAGGAGAUAUUGUUGAGGGACUUGUCCCUAAGAAGUCUGUGGAAGCAAUGUCCACUACUAUAGAUGGAUGUAGUGCUGCAUUCGAAAGCUUAUACUCCCCUCUGAACUGCGUGCAUUAUGUGAUUAAUGGAAUCCAUGACCUUACCGGCUGCAACUGGUCGAUGUCCGUUGUUCUUACGGCUUUACUGGCGAGUGGACUCAUGUGGCCAGUCUGUAUGCGGAUUCAAAGACAAGUUUGGGAGUUAAAAAUUUUGCGUAUGAGCAUUCAGAAAGCGAGGAGAGUGAUGCAGACAUGUGAUCCUAAAUCUCUGUCUAAACAUAAAAAAUGGGAAGCAGAGUGUACACAUAAAUUUGGAGAAUGUUACAAGUCUUAUCUGCCACUAAGCCUUCUUAAUCUACUCAUCUUCAUCAAUGGGAUCAAUACCAUGGCUAAGAAAAUCCCAGGGUUCACUGAUCUUUCAACUCUAGACAGUUUCUACAUGUUACCUCUAAUGACAGGCUUAACUUUCUGGUUCACAUCUAAGGUCCCCACCAUAAGCCUGACAAAAAAUUUAUCCAGAAUGAAGGAACUCCCUUUGUAUUGCAUUGUCUUCAUUGUGGUCCAAGCUGCAUAUAAAUAUGAACCGGCAGUGUACUUUUACGUGAUCACAUAUAAAAUCUCUCUAUGCACAUUAACCUGGAUAGUGUGUAGAUCUAAGCAGAUAGCAAAGCUGAGCAAAAGGAUAAUGGCGAGAGUGAUAAGUGUUAUGAGGGAGUUUAUUGACGUGGUGAAGAAGAAAGACAAGAACUGAAUCUUCUUUUGCUCUCACACGGUUUCUCUGCCUUAGGCUUCAAAUCAAAGCUACUUGACUACUCUGUAUUCAUGUACAACUUUUUUUAUAUAUUCUGAACCUAUCUCUUGGUGCAGACUUGACUUUAAAACAGCAAUCUA